AUGGGAGAGGAGGGGCCGACCCCCCGUGGGCGAAGCUGGCUGGCGGCCCUGCUCCGGCUGCUGCUGCUGCUAGCCACGGGCAUACGAGGAUCCUGGCCAGUGGUCGCCCGCGUCCCUGUUCCAGCUCCAGUGGAGGCAGCGACUGAGGAGCCCGGGCGGCAGGCGGGUGGCCAGCGGAUUGGCUAGGAGCAAGGUGCUGUGUGCGGGAGGCCCAAGGUGACGGGGAAGAUCUACGGUGGCCAGGAUGUGCUGGCCGGCCAGUGGCCUUGGCAGGCCAGCCUGCUGCACCAGCACACACACAUCUGCGGAGCUGUCCUCAUCGACUCCCUCUGGCUGGUGUCCACCGCCCACUGCUUUCUCAACAAAUCCCAAGCCCCAGCAGACUACCAGGUUCUGUUGGGAAGCACACGGCUGUACCAGCACGGCCAGCACACCCGGGAGAUGUCUGUGAGCCGGAUCAUCGUGCACCCAGACUUUGAGAAGCUUCACCCCUUCGGGAGUGACAUAACCAUGCUGCAGCUGCACGUGCCUGUGAACUUCACCUCCUACAUCGCCCCCGCCUGCCUCCCGAGCCCCGGCAUGCAGCUGUCCAGCAACUUGUCCUGCUGGAUAACCGGCUGGGGGAUGCUCAGCGAGGACCAACAUCUGCACUCGCCCUUCCAUCUCCAGGAGGGUAAGGUGAGCCUCAUUGAGAACAAGUUCUGUAACAUCUUAUACAGACGAAAACUUAGCAACAGCAAGACCUACUCAGUGCAGGAGGAGAUGCUGUGUGCUGGUGAUUUCUCGACAGGGAAGGCCACCUGCCACGGCGAUUCCGGGGGGCCUCUCGUCUGCAACCUCCUCAGUGCCUGGGUUCUGGUGGGGCUGGCCAGCUGGGGCUUGGACUGCCGGCACCCUAUCUACCCCAGCGUCUUCACCAGGGUUGACUACUUCGCCGACUGGAUCGACAAGAUCCAGAGGCUCACACCUCCCCCUGAUCCCACGUCUGCUCCUCAGACGCAGUUUCCAGAUCAGCCUUGGCAGACUGCUGGCUCGUCCGGGCACAGCACAACCUUCAUGUCUCCCCAGACCUGGUUCCUGCUGCUGUUCAUGCUCAGGGGCCCGCAGCAGGCCCUGUGGUGA